GAAUGGAACAAGAGGGGAUCGGGGAGGGGAGUUGAAUUCUGCAGUUUCUGAACACGAGCAUCAACCACGUCGAUUAUCUGCAGACGAACCACCAAAAAAAGGAUCACCAAUCAAGAAAAGUGCUGUUGAGUAUCACACUUCCUGUGCAACUGGAUCGUCGUCGCCUCUUCUAUUUGAAGACGCUUGGGCCGCUCCACCUUCGAUAAAAAACAUGCUUGGCUUAGAGAACGAACCUCAACGAAGAAAAUCACCUAGAAAAUCAGCAGGAGAAGCUGGGAAAACAACAACAAGAAAGCAGUUGAUAGUCCCAACAAAAUUGUUUGCCUCGGCGAUGUCUGCUGUUCGCACUUCUGGGAGCAGAAGCGGGACAGCGGCCACUAAUGCGUCCUCUAGCUCUCCUCGAAUGACAAAACAGCAGACAUCCUCCAUUACUGCUUCUGUUCACCCAUCUUCAUCUCCACAACAGCCUGGGGGCGUGACAUCAAGGCGUCCGUCGAAGCUGCAACCAUUGUUACCGACUGCUUCGCUAUCUGCGUCAAAGAAGAAUCUUAGUAAGGGAGACCCACAACAACAUAUGCGAGGAGAUAUAGAUGAUUCCUCUUCCUCCUCCAUUUCGACAUAUGAACACAACAGCGGAGUAGCGAGCCCUCUCUUUACUGCUGGUGGGAGUGGUUUCUUGAUACGAGAAGAAUCACCAUCGCCAGAAGAGUUUGACCCUGCGAUUGUGGAAAGGAUCAUGCGCAAGAAAUUGGAGGAAAGGAAAACUUUGAAAAGCACAACUACAAGUUAUGCGACCUCAUCGUCUACGGCAGCCCAAAAUCUGGGCGAAGGUCAUUAUUCCCAAUUGGGCCCUUCCGCUACUAGUACUGGUAGAUCUUCUGAAGACCCGCCGAAGAAGAUGAGCAAGAACCACCCGCCGGCGUCGUCUUCAUGUAGUUCACGACCAGCCAUAGGGAUGAUGGAAAAGCAGUUGGACGAACAACCAAAGCAGAAAGUCACCAAAGCAGGACCUCCUCCCGCGAGACCUAAAACUCCGACGGGGAUCACAGCUGUUAGCGAUCAUAUUAGGUUUAUAAAUCAGAUCCAGAAGACCAAGACGACUGCUGAGAAUGAGAUGAAGGCUGCACCGCCUCCUCCAUAUCUGAUUACAGGAGCCCAAAACAAGUCUCCAUCGAAAUUGAUCGAGCACACUCGCGCAAAGCAACUGCCUGGCAUAGGGAGAGCACCUAGCAACGGGGGGAUCUUCAUGAAAAGCACUAGCCCCACGUCAAGAAAGGAACAUGAGGACAUGAGAAAUGGUAUUACCACAACAGGCGGAACAACUGUGAACUCUGCAGAGCAUCAGAUAUCUUCACAUCCCAAGGCUGCAUCUUCAGCAACACGUUCUUUUACACCUGGUAUUAUAACUGGAAGCUUUACAACCACGAGUACCUCAAGAGAAAUGACCAUCUUCAGCGAAGGACCUCCAUCAGAAAUGGUAGUUGUAUCUCCACCUUUUUUUUUGCCGAAUCCACACAGAGUGACCACGAACUACAGUGCUAAGCCACCUGUGUCAAAACCACUGCCUCCACCACCGCCGCUUUCUGUGCAACACCAGUCUGAAAUGCCGAUGCCCCGUCCGCCCAAGCCCAAAGGAUACGACUGGGACGCUGUAGAUGACAUAGGCAGCUGUUCACGUGGAAAGCAAACGGAUUUCGUACCUACAACAUUCACAAGUGAUGACAUCAUAGACCUUGACUUUGACGAAGUAUCGGACGAAGUGGACGCCUUCCCAAUGACGAUGUUUUCGCAAGUACGAGGCGGAACAGCUUCACAACUAGCGCCGUCAGCAGCAGCAGCAUGUACGAAACCAACCACUACGGCUAGUAAGAUUGUUGGCGCUAACAAUCCUUCGUCAUCGUCUUCUAGGAAUGGGUUUGAGCCAUCUGAGAAUACAAAGAAAGCCGAGACUUCUAUCAGUUCUCCCCAAUCUUUACUGGCAAAGGCAUCGAAUUUAAGCGAUUUGCUGAUUCAAAACCUGCAAAGCGAAACUAGAGGACUACAGGCGCAUCAAAGGAUAGGAGGACAAGCACAAAUCGGGAAUACUUCCUCAUCAACUAUGGGACCAGCACCAACUUCAACUAAAACGGCCUUCCUUGGAGCUGGAAGUGGAGGUUUUCCUAGUACAACUUCAUCUUCUCCGUCUUCAUCCAACUUUGCGACGACUACGUCUACGACAAGAGUUGGGGCGAGUGCAACUGCUUCGAUGACUAGAGUCGCGGCCGGCGCGGUUGUCAAAGCUCCCUACGACAGUCUACCGAAAGGCCUGGCGGACUUGGAUGGCCUCUCUGCCACGAAACGGCACAAGCAACAGCCUCGCAAACCAAUACUCCUCCUGCAUAAAGAGAAUAUUGACCAGAAUAUUCUUGGUGGAGGUGGUGCUGCUACGAGAGGAAACGCGAAGAUGGAUGUUGAGGUAUCCAAACAUCCAUAACAUAGCCUCUUAAAGUUCCUGACUACCUUAGCCUCUUAGAGGUGGUUACAUAACUACCUUAGCCUCUUAAAGCUUGCUUCUUCACUGUCAUUAUCUGUUUCACAUACACCAUCCCCAGGUAAUCGAUAUCAGUUCGCCUGUGUCGUCUCGAGACAAAGCCGGGCCUGGUGGUAAACACGCCCAAGGUGGAAAAAAGUAACCACCUUGAAUGGGAAGAGGAAAAGAAGCUUUGAUGAAUGGGAUGCAUUUUUUCCAGCUGCAUGAUGUGGUGGCAAUGUUACAUCCAAGAAGUAGACAUUCUAAAGCCCAUAAUGACCUCAUCUUUUUUCAAUCAUUUGUUCUUUCGCGUUCAUGAUGUUUGUCAAUACCUCUACACUCUCCAUGUGCUGGAUGCUAAUUAUAUUUUCAAUUUUCACACUGGUUCGUCCUGGAAGAGCCACAAUGAAUUCAUUACAUCACAAAUCGAUCCCAAACUCUCCUUCGAAAAAGAGAUGACUUCUCAAGGAACUUAUGCUACUUUUUGUUUUCACAAAUGAGUAGAAGUGCCUGGAAAGCAGCACGUUUGCACUUCCGUAGCUGCGAAGUAAGCUUCUGCCAUGAGUCGUUCAACUACGUAAGCACGCUGGAGGACCGCGAUGUGGAGCCGUUGAGG